AGUAGCAGGCACCCGGGCUAAGCCAAGCAGGGCUGCCUUUGGCAGGUGGUAAGGUAAGGCUGGGCAGAGGUCAGGUCUGUCUUACUCCUGCCUCCCCUGGCCAGAUCCAUUCCACUUCCUUCAAGCAGAGUGCAGUCGGGCAAAGGGAGGGGUCUGCACCAGACUGGGUUGCUGGAAGCAGAAUGGAGCUUCGACCCUACCAGUGGGAAGUGAUCGCGCCUGCCCUGGAGGGCAGGAAUAUCAUCAUAUGGCUGCCCACGGGUGCUGGGAAGACCCGGGCAGCGGCUUAUGUGGCCAAAAGGCAUCUCGAGACUGUAAACGGAGCCAAGGUGGUUGUAUUGGUCAACAGGGUACACCUAGUGACCCAGCAUCGUGAAGAGUUCAGCCGCAUGCUGGAUGGGCGCUGGGCCAUUACAACACUAAGUGGGGAUAUGGGGCCACGACCCGGCUUUGGCCACUUGGCCCGUAGGAAUGACCUGCUCAUCUGCACAGCCGAGCUGCUGCAGAUGGCACUGACCAGCUCCGAGGAGGAGGAGCAUGUGGAGCUCAAUGCCUUCUCUCUCCUUGUGGUGGAUGAGUGUCACCACACGCACAAAGACACUGUCUACAACGUCAUCCUAAGCCGGUACCUAGAGCAUAAACUCAGGAGGACGCAGCCUCUGCCCCAGGUGCUGGGUCUCACAGCCUCCCCAGGCACUGGCAAGGCCACCAAGCUUGAUGGAGCCAUUGACCACAUCCUGCAGCUAUGUGCCAACCUGGACACAUGGCGCAUCAUGUCACCCCAGACCUACCGCUCCCAGCUGCAGGAGCACAACCACCGGCCCUGCAAACAGUAUGACCUCUGUCACAAGCGCAGCCAGGACCCGUUUGGGGACAUGCUGAAGAAGCUCAUGGAACAAGUGCACGACCGCCUGGACAUGCCUGAGUUGAGCCAGGACUUCGGGACGCAGACGUAUGAGCAGCAGGUGGUGGAGCUGAGCAAGACUGCGGCCGAAGCCGGGCUCCUGCAGCGGCGGGUGUACGCGCUUCACCUGCGACGCUACAACGACGCGCUGCUCAUCCACGACACGGUCCGCGCUGUGGACGCCCUGGCCACUCUGCGGGACUUCUACCUCAAGGAGCGUGCCACCAAGACCCAGGUCCUGUAUGCUGAGCGCUGGCUGCUGGCACUUUUCAAUGACCACGAGAAUGAGCUGGCCCUCUUGGCAACUCAUGGCCCGGAGAACCCCAAACUGGAGGUGCUGGAACAGAUCCUGCAGAAGCAGUUUGGGAGCCCUGGCAGCCCCCGGGGCAUCAUCUUCACCCGCACCCGCCAGAGCGCUCAUUCCCUCCUGCUCUGGCUCCAGCAGCAGCCUGGUCUGCAGACAGUGGACAUUAGGGCUCAGCUGCUGAUCGGGGCUGGGAACAACAGCCAGAGCCACCAUAUGACCCAGAGGGACCAGCAAGAAGUGAUCCGCAAAUUCCGGGAUGGUACCCUGAACCUCCUGGUGGCCACAAGCGUGGCAGAAGAGGGACUGGACAUCCCCCAGUGCAAUGUGGUUGUACGCUAUGGGCUCCUGACCAACGAGAUCUCCAUGGUCCAGGCAAGGGGUCGUGCCCGGGCCAAUGAGAGUGUGUACUCAUUCGUGGCAACCCAAGGGAGUCGGGAGUUGCGGCGGGAGCAGACCAAUGAGGCACUAGAGGUUCUGAUGGAACAGGCAGUGGCUGCUGUGCAGCAGAUGGACCAGGCUGAGUACCAGGCCAAGAUCCGGGAUCUGCAGCAGGAAGCUGUGGUCGGUCGGAUGGUCCAGGCGGCCCAGCGGGAGCGUCAUCAGCAGCAGUUCCUGGCGGAGCACGUGCAGCUCCUCUGUAUCAAUUGCAUGGUGGCCGUGGGCCAUGGCAGCGACCUGCGGAAGGUGGAGGGCACUCACCACAUCAACGUGAAUCCCAACUUCUCGAUCUACUACAACGUCUCUGACCAGCCUGUGGUCAUGGACAGAGUCUUCAAGGACUGGGUGCCUGGAGGUGUCAUUAACUGCAAGAACUGUGGGGAACACUGGGGUCUGCAGAUGAUCUACAAGUCAUUGAAGCUGCCGGUGCUCAAAGUCCGCUCCAUGCUGCUGCAGACACCAAAAGGACGGAUCCAGGCCAAGAAGUGGUCCCGCGUGCCCUUCCUGGUGACUGACUUCAACUACGGGGAGUACUGUGCCCAGAACCUGUCAGACCUUUCCCUGUACUGACCAUCUUGUUACUGCAGUACCCAGAUCAGGCUGUAGGGGGCAGGAGAAUCCACAGCAGCCACCAUCUUCCCCGGAGUGAAGUCUGGGUACUGGUCCCUACUGCCUGAGUCACCAGCUCAGGGCCCCAUGCUGACCAGCCACAGAGGAACUCCAGGUGCCCAGGCUGGCUUCAACUUGCACUGAGGAAGGAGCUGAAGGGACACAGCUCACCCCUGACCCCCUCACAUCCACACGGACACUUUCCUACACACUGGAUGGAGCAGGGGAGAACUGAAGCCGGAGAAUGGCCACACUGUACAGCAGUGCCGCCUUAUCCUUGCUUUCGCUUUUGCCAUUUUUUACUCACAAUUAACUGUGGUCCAAAAAUAUUAAAUGGAAAAUUCCAGAAAAAAAAAACAUUUAUAAGUUUUAAAUUGCACACCACCAUUCUGAGUAUUGUGAUGAAAUCUCACGCCAUCCUGCUUGGUCCCACAUGGGACAUGAAUCAUCCCUCUGUCCAGGGUAUCCAUGCUGUCUAUGCUAUCCGCCUGGUAGUCACUUAGCUGUCUGGGCUAUCAGGUCAUCUGUCAAGGUUUCACAGUGCUUGUGUUUGAAUAACCCUUACAGUGGCCUAACACUAUGUCACAAUGUCUACGUCAUCCACUUCACUUCAUCUCAUCAUGUGGGCACUGAAUCUUCUCACAUCACAAGAAGGCAAGUACUGUACAAUAAGAUAUUUUCAGAGAGACCACAUGCACAUAACUUAUUACAGUGUAUGUUAUCAUUGUUCUAUUUUAUUAUUAGUUGUUAAUCUCUUCCUGUGCCUAAUUUAUAAAGUAAACUUUAUCAUAGGUAUGUAUGCACGUAUGUAUGUAUAAGAAAAAACAUAGUAUAUGUAGGGUUUGGUACUGUCUGUGGUUUCAGGCAUCCCUGGGGGUCUUGGAACAUACCCCCCAUGGAUUCCGUACUAGGAAUCACCACAGUUUCCCUCGGCCCUUUGACAUUCAUUUCUUCCCUGCAAGGCCACUUCUACUUUUUGAGGCUCCCCACAAAUCAAAAAUAAAGCAAUGGAAA